UUUUUUUUUUGACAAAGGAGAGUCUUUAUUGCAUUUUAACCGGUCAGAUACAAAGAGACAACAUACCAACAUUCUGGUUUAACAAGAAGAAGGAAAAGAGAACUCGGUUACAAUCAAACCAUGAAAAGCAAAAGCAAGAACAGAGAGCACAACACAGUUUGACAGCAACCAUCCAACAGAAUCGAACCCUUGAAAAAACCAGUACAUCAGAAAUCUCUCUUGCAACCAACCACUUAGAAUGCAACAAGAGCGAAAUCAGCUUGUCCGAUCAACUCGAAAUCCAUGGCUAGUGAUUACAUCAACCAUAUGCCGCCUCCUGGGGAUAACUCAACGGCAUCCAUCACAGUGAAUCCUAGAAACAAGAUUGCAUGGCGGUGGAAAAUGAUUUGAACGGAUUGCUCCAAGCUGACAGAGGCAGAGGAAGCUGAGGCAGAGAAAUCAUGUUUGAAGCAGAGCAGAAGAUCACAAAGGAGCCACAAAUCUCCACGGAGAACACCGAUUACCAACCACAACCACCGGAGAAGACCCGACCCUCCACGAUCCGACGACUCACCCCGCAACACGAACACAAAGUGGAGGUCGGAAAGGGAAAGAAGAGAAUGGUUUCAUCAAAGGAUGAGACCACCAAUCUGGAAAAAUCACCACCAUCCAGAUCUGGAAUAGGCACCCACCAAACUGCAAACUCCGGAUCCUACAACGAGCAAACCUUGAACAGGAGUACCAAGAACCGAAGGAAGAGACAAAGCUCGACGGGAAAAGAAGAGACAAAGCUCGACUGGAAAGGAAGCUGAAGGCCACAACGGCAGGGAAAAGCUGGAAAUCCGAAGGAAAAACACCUAGAACAAGGCCAGGAUUAACAUGAGCACAAAGAAAAGGAAGGAAAAAAAAAAAAAAAAAAAAAGAGGAAUGGAGGGCUUGAGCUGCCGCCGGUCACCAAAAGGAGCCGGCGGCAGCCCCUGGAAAAAGAAGGAAAGUGGAACCGAGAAGAAGAGAGAGGGCAGAGAAAAGGGUUCAAAUUAAAGUAAAUGUUAAGUUCAGAUAUUGCUGGACUGCAAAAUGAAGAUGGAUCCUUUUCCGGAGACAUCUGGGGAGAAGUCGAUACACGUAUUCUGCUGUGUGGCUGCCCUUGCUAUUACUGGGGCUCUACAUUAUGUUGACAAGGACCUUCUCGGAUGGUGGCUGUGUGAACGACAAGUGAAAUCUGGGGGUCUUAAUGGCCGACCUGAGAAGCUUCCCGAUGUUUGCUAUUCGUGGUGGGUUCUUUCUAGCCUCACUAUGAUCGAUAGAGCUCAUUGGAUUAGCAAAGAGAAGCUUCUCAAGUUCAUUUUGAGUUGUCAGGACAUGGAGAAUGGAGGAAUCUCAGACAGGCCGGAUGACACAGUUGAUAUCUUUCAUACAUAUUUCGGAGUUGCUGGACUGUCGUUCCUCGAAUACCCAGGAGUCAAAGCUAUCGAUCCAGCUCAUGCCUUGCCGGUCGAUGUUGUGGAUCGAAUUUUCUUUCGGCAAUGAUUUUCUUAGUUAGCAAUGUCUGAUCAAACCAUAAGAACACUGCUAAUGUACUGGUCUCAAUCUAAAACCCUGUAAUUCCAGUGUGGGCUCUUAGCCUCUUAUCAGAAUAUCAUCGGAACGGUGUCGUUUUCGCACGGCCAUGAUUUCGCCGAUUUAAACAAAGAAAAAGUGAUUAUAUAAAAAAACCCUCUCUGUAACUCUGGCCGCCUCAGUCUCUUUGCGGCUAUGGCUCUGGACUCUCACAUAGAGAAGGUCCUAUGGACGGCCGGCGAAAUCUCCGACCGUGUCGCCGAGCUCGCCGCGGAGAUCACCUCCGACUUUCCCGCUGCUUCCCCGGCCCCUGUCCUCGUCGGAGUCGCCACGGGAGCUUUCGUCUUCCUGGCCGACUUAGUCAGGCAAAUCAAGCUGCCGAUUUCAGUAGAUUUCAUCCGCGCCGAUUCCUACGGCUGCGGAACAGAGUCCGCCGGCGCUCCACGGCUGUCCCUCGACCUGAAGGCCGACGUCAGGGGAAAACACGUCAUUCUGGUGGAGGACAUUGUGGAUACGGGGAGCACAUUGGCGAGCCUGAUCAGCCACUUGGAGAAGAAGGGGGCGUCGUCGGUGUCGGUGUGUGCGUUUCUUGAUAAGCCGGCGAGACGGAAGGUUGAGUUUCAGGUUGUGGGUAGUGGAAAGUACUACAGAGGAUUCGAGGUUUGGGUUUCCCUUUCCUAGCUCUCGUCGACGCUUACCUGCUUUCAUAUUCGCACAAAAGAACUUUACUUUGUGAAGAAAACCGAGUUCCUGACCUUGGUUUGGUAGCAUUUCCUUCUACUGUUAUUGAAUGAAGCAACCGAAGAGCAGUUCAGAAGUAAGUAGGAAACCAAAACCAUUAAAGCCCCAUUUCAUCACCAGAUGCUCUUGUAAAAUGCAUAGCCCUCCCAUCCCUCCAUACAUCACAGCUCACAGAUCGUGAAAGUUCGUAACUUUAUUGAGAACCCCAGUAUCAAUCUAGUGUUAAAGUUUGUGUCUUUGAAUAUAAAAUUCAUCUGUUAAAGUUUGUGUCUUUGCUGGCAUGCUGUAAUCCGGUUGAGCUUUGUUUUCUAUGUUGCAGUGUCCAGAUUACUUCGUAGUGGGGUAUGGAAUGGACUUUGCAGAAGUAUACAGGAAUUUGCCCUAUAUUGGUGUCUUGAAGCCUGAGCUCUACAGUUAGUUCAAGACUCAAACCAGUCCAACAAUGAGAGCUCAGACCCAGUCUCUGGUUCCUCGAAGUUGCUCUGCUGGUUUGUGUUUGCAGAAAGGUCCGGAUUUUGACAGACUAAACACAUGAUAUUUCUAUCUUUCAAUUGAUUCCCUCGAAACAGCUAAGUGUUUCGUAAUAGAGGAAGUUUUAGAUGGUACUACUUCAGUACUGGGAUAAUUAUCAUUACCAUGGAUGAUGGAACAGAGAAGUAAAAGAGUUUACAGUUUCUAUCCGAACUGAUACGUGAACCAAACUACUUAGUGGGGUUGUCAAAUCUUUAAACUAAGCAAUUUUCCC